CGCACCCGGAAGUGAAGCGGCUCCGCGACGGAGCGGCAGGGCGCGCGGCAGUGCCCCAAGUAUCCCGCUUUCUCGGGAAGAAACCAUCGCAUCGGGUCAGCGCUGAGGCAGGCUACAGCCAUUGGCCUGGUUGACCAUGGCCCUUUCUGUGGAGACCGAGUCGCACAUCUACAGAGCUCUGCGCACUGCCUCCGGGGCUGCUGCCCACCUUGUGGCCCUGGGUUUUACCAUCUUUGUGGCUGUGCUUGCCAGGCCUGGCUCCAGUCUGUUCUCCUGGCACCCCAUGCUUAUGUCUCUGGCUUUCUCCUUCCUGAUGACCGAGGCACUGCUGGUGUUCUCUCCGGAGAGUUCGCUGCUGCGCUCCCUCUCACGGAAGGGCCGAGCACGCUGCCACUGGGUGCUGCAGCUGCUGGCCCUGCUGUGUGCACUGCUGGGCCUAGGUCUUGUCAUCCUCCACAAGGAACAGCUUGGCAAAGCCCACCUGGCCACGUGGCAUGGGCGGGCAGGGCUGAUAGCUGUGCUGUGGGCAGGCUUACAAUGCUCGGGUGGGGUGGGGCUGCUCUACCCUAAACUGCUGCCCCGAUGGCCCCUGGCUAAGCUUAAGCUGUACCAUGCCACUUCUGGGCUAGUGGGCUACCUUCUGGGUAGUGCUAGCCUCUUGUUGGGCAUGUGUUCACUCUGGUUCACCGCCACAGUCACUGGUGGGGUCUGGUAUCUGGCUGUGCUGUGCCCUGUCAUUACCAGCUUGGUCAUCAUGAAUCAGGUGAGCAACGCCUACCUGUACCGCAAAAGGAUCCAGCCAUGAGCUCCUCUCAGCCUAGAAGCCUGGAUAUACCCCUCAGUGUAGUAGCUGGGGCUGGGACCUCCUGGAUUCUCUCAGCUGACUAAGUCAUGGGGACACCUCAGGCACUGGGGCAGUCUAGAAUAGGAGUCUUGUGUGUGACAUUUUUGCUUGCUCCUCAUCCUGGAGUGCUUCCCCUUUCCUUCUGUACUGUCCCAGAGGAGCUUAUGGAUGAUGUGUCCAGAUGAAGUUGGGGUUACAAGACUACUUCCCCGGCAACUCAACUCAUACUUGUACUGGUAUGUCCAGAAAUUACAGGAGACAAAAAGGCAAAAUAAAAAAGAAUGACU